AUGCCUAAAACAUAUCAUAAUAUCUCAACAGAUGUCAAAGUCAAAAAAAACUUUGACCUCAAAGCUUGGGUUACAGUGUCAGAUGAAUUUGACGUUUUCAAAUUGACAAAAACAAUUUUUGAUCAAAUAAUCACUGGUCAAAAGGAUUGCAAUAUCAAGCACCCAGAUCAACUUCAAUAUGAAUUGAAGAAGGUUAUAGAAGGGAAGAAGUUCCUCUUUGUUUUUGACGAUGUUUGGAAUAAGAAUUAUAACCUCUGGGAUAACUUAAAGAGUCAAUUCAAAUUUGGAGCAUCAGGGAGUAAAAUCAUUGUGACAACACGUGAUCAAAACAUUGGAUCUGCAAUGGGUACUUUUCAAAAUCAUUAUCUUCAAAUAAUAUCGGAUGAAGAUAGUUGGCGAUUAUUUGCAAAACAUGCAUUCCAACAAAUAAUAGACCGAAGUGCACUUCGAGAGUUUGAAGAAAUCGGUAGAGGAAUUGUUAGAAAAUGCAAUGGCCUUCUUUUAGCUAUCAAAUCACUUGGUGGUCUUUUGUGCUCCAAAAACCGUAUCGAUGAAUGGGAAGAUAUACUAAACAGUGAUACAUGGAAGUUGCAGUGUGACAUUCUUCCUGCUCUUUGGUUGAGCUAUCACUAUUUGCCUUCGCAUCUUAGACAAUGCUUUGCUUAUUGUUCAAUUUUUCCUAAAGAUUACAAAUUUGAAAAGGAAAAAUUAAUUUUAUUGUGGAUGGCAGAAGAUCUUUUGCAACCACAACAAGAUAAGACUCUAGAAGAAAUCGGAGAGGAGUACUUUAAUGAUCUUACAUCAAGGUCAUUCUUUCGUCACAAUGAACAUGGCUGUUUUACCAUGCAUGACCUUGUUAACGAUUUGGCUACCUUUGUUUCUAGAGAAUUUUGUUUAAGGUUCGAUGAUGGUUACUCAAAAGUUUUUACAGGGAAGACUCGUCAUUUGUCAUGCAUGACAUAUGUGAGCCAUGAUAUGAAGAAUCUAGAGGAAUAUUUAUCAAAAAAUAAGGUGUUGCGCACAUUUUUGUUUCAAUCUAGAAUGUUGCCCAAAGAGUUUUUGACAAAUCUUGAACAGUAUUUGAAACCAAUGAGAUGUCUAAGAGUGCUUUCUCUACGUCAGAGUUGUGUUACAACAGGCUUUGAUUUGAUUGGCCGUUUAAAGCUUUUAAAGUAUAUAGAUUUGUCUCAUACUGAAAUUGAAGAAUUACCUGAUACAAUUUAUACUCUCUACAAUUUGCAGACAUUCUUGUUAAAUACGUGUAAACAUCUUCAUAGGUUGUCCAGUUCAAUUGGCAAUUUGAAACAUCUAAGAUUCUUGGACUUGUCUCAUUGUAGUAAAAUUGAAGAGAUACCCAACACAUUGUGUGAUUUGAAGGAUCUGCGUACUCUAAUCUGA